AUGGCCGCCCAGCGCCUCGAGUGCCCCGUUUGCCUGGAGGCGACGGACGGGCCGCAGCACCAGUGCCGGGAGGGCCACGUCUUCUGCGCCUCCUGCGACUCCAACCUGCGAGCCCCGCGCCGCUGCCCCGAGUGCCGCAUGGCUCUCGGACCACUGGGCCAGGCAAUUCGAUGCCGAAGCCACGAGGAGCGGAUCGCGGCGCUGCCGGCGGCGUGUUCGCACUGCGGGCUGGCGACGACGCGCGGCGAUGUCGCCGCCCACGAGCAAGGCUGCCCGCAGCGGCCGCGCGCGUGUGCCGCGGCGGAGGCUGGCUGCGCGUGGUCGGGGCUGCUGGCAGACAAGGCGGCGCACGAGGCGACGUGCCCCUUCGCGGUGUGCCAGCGCAUGAUGGCGCCGCUGGUGGCGGAACUGCGGGCGGAGAACGAGCGGACCGAGGUGGCGGAACUGCGGGCGGAGAAUGAGCGGCUGCGGUCGCGCGUGGCGGCGCUCGAGGCUGGCGAGGGCGGCGAGGAGGGAGGGCGGUGGGUGCGGCAGCGCGUGGGCGCCGCGCCCGAUGGCGCGCCGCCGAGCAAUGCGGCGGUACAGGCGAUGGACGUGGCGGCGGCGACGGCGGUGCUGCGGGCGCAUGUGUCGGUCAGCCGCGUUGCUGCUGCGGCGUGCAUGCGUUUGGCUAAUCUGUGCAUGGAGGAUCAGAACGAGCAACUUGCGGCGGAGGCGGGCGCGAUCGACGCGAUUGUGGCGGCGAUGCAGGCUCACCCGCAGGUGGCGGGCUUGCAGAAGCAAGGCUGCUGCGCGUUGGCCAACGUGUGCUCCGGCGACGACGCCGCGGCGCUCGCACGUAAGCAGCGCGUGGCAGACGCGGGCGCGAUCGAGGCGAUCGUGGCGGCGCUGCAGGCUCACCCGCAGGAGGCGGGCGUGCAAGAGCAAGGCUGCCGGGCGCUGCGCAACGUGUGCUCCGGCACCGACGCCGCAGGGCUCGCACGCAGGCAGCGCGCAGCAGCCGCGGGCGCGAUCGAGGCGGCUGCGGCGGCGAUGCAGGCUCACCCACAGGUGGCGGGCGUGCAGGGGCAAGGACAGCGCUUGCGCGAUCUGCUUGCCUGA